AUAAACCGUUCGUUAUGAACGCUACUUCCGCGUCCUUCCUCGCCCCAUCCAAACCCACGGCGGUGCGCGCCACACUAUCAUAGGUACAAGAAGUAUGAAAUUCUUGAGUGCUUCUCCACAGACUAUAAUGAACAAAAACAAUAUGUAAUACUGCACAAAACUAAGUCAUGCUAAUAAUAAAUAACAAUAGACAGCCAGAGUACAGUUAAAACUGAGAAUGUAAGUGACCGUGCUUGGAGGGAGUCCAGCUCUAGUCACUGAAGGUGACACGUUGUACAUAAUACUCGGUGUCUCUGCUGUCUCCGCCGCAAUGUCCCCGGUUUCGAAGAGAUCAUGUCCCAGUCCCCCUAACGACAGCCUGGGGACACGACUGAAGAGAAUUUCCAUCGAAGGCAACAUUGCGGCAGGAAAAUCGACAUUUGUGCAAUUACUGGAGGACUACAGUAAGGACUGGGAGGUAGUACCUGAACCCAUCGCCAGGUGGUGCAAUGUGCAGACUGCACACAGUGAAUUUGAGGAGCUGACCACAUCUCAGAAGAGUGGAGGGAAUGUUCUUCAGCUGAUGUACGAAAAGCCAGAGAGAUGGGCCUAUACCUUCCAGAGCUAUGCCUGCAUGAGCAGAGUGCGUGCUCAGAUGAAAUCUACCAAUGGGAAAAUCCAGGAGGCUGAGAACCCUGUGCAGUUCUUUGAGAGAUCUGUGUACAGUGACAGAUACAUAUUUGCUGCAAACCUUUAUGAAAGUGAGUGUUUGAAUGACACUGAAUGGGCGAUAUACCAGGACUGGCAUGGAUGGCUUCACAAACAGUUUGGGAAACAUAUUGAACUGGAUGGUAUUAUCUACCUUCGUGCAUCGCCUGAGAAAUGCUUGGAAAGGCUGCAUAUACGAGGGAGAGCGGAGGAACAAGGUAUCCCCCUGGAGUACUUGGAGAAGCUCCACUUCAAACAUGAGUCUUGGCUCCAACAUAAAACGAUGCACAUGGAAUUUCAGUAUCUUAAUGAAUUACCUGUUUUGACAUUGGAUGUAAAUGAGGAUUUUAAGGGGAAGAAAGCAAAAUGUGCCGAUAUGCUCGAAAAGGUAAAAGAAUUUUUGAGUACAUUGUAGAUGGCGAUUGUCUGCAGAAGAGGA